CCUUCUACGAGCAAUGACUCUUGACGACGUUUCUUUCUUCAUUUCUUCAACUUUGCUUUUCUCUUCUGCUUUUACUCGGUGUUAUGGAGCCUUAUGCUGGACUGGUUGCCAGCUGUUGCUUCCCCCCAUUCCCUUUCGCAUACGUGUAUUAUCCCGGGAGACGUCCAGUUGCGUAUUCACUGGGUCUUGGCUUUAGCGCGCAUUUGCUUACUCCGGCGCCGGAAGGGUUGCCUUGUCUCCUCUUUCUGAAUUCAUCCGGGGGUAUUACUUGCUCGCAUUUGUCAACUCGGGCGUUUGGGGAUCUUCUCUGGGGUUGCAAAUUCUCCUCCCCACUGCAAAGACUUAUGGUUGUGAAUUAUCGGAGGACUUAAUGGGCAAAAGGAUGGGCUGUCUUAUAUGACUAGACUCCACUACGUUACACUUCUCUCUGCUUGUGUUACAUAUUUGCUGCCUCCAUAGAGCAAUGUAAUUUGCAUGGGAUCA